CGUCUGGUUACCUGUCCAGAAGAGGAUCGCUGUGAUGAGGACCAUCUGCCCAGCAACAUCCAGGCCUGUAACAGCCAACCCUGUACCCAAUGGGUCACUGGCUCCUGGGGACAGUGCUCUGCAUCCUGUGGUGGCGGCGUGCAGCGGAGGCUGGUGAAAUGUGUGACCACCAAGACGGAGCCUGGGAGAGGAGGAGCGAUGCCCAGUGUGACUCUGAGCCCUGGCCAGAAAACAGCCAGAAGUGUAACCUGAAUGAGUGUGACAGCGGUCCCGCUGGUGAGUAAACCACCAAC